UUUCGGUGUGGUAAUUAAUGUAAUUGUGACCUUGAGCUAGUCAAGAAACAAUAAUUUGUUAUCUUUGUCAUCACAGACAAUUUUAUACAGGUGUAUACAGUAAAUUUUUGAUAAUAAUAUUCUAAGUUUUCCAAAGAGAGCAUAUACAAAAUAUUGUCGUGAAACAUUCCAGUUACAUCAUUAAUAGUCUUGUAAAUUUUGUCUGAUAAGAACACGAAGAUUGUCGUCCUUGAGUUUAGCAUACGGAAGUUAUAAAUUGCAAAAUAUGGCACAAAAUUUUAAAAGUGUAACCCAUUGUAUUUUUGACAUGGAUGGUUUAUUAUUAGAUACUGAACCUGUGUACGAGGAAGUCAUAAGGCAAAUAGCACAAACAUAUAAUAAAACGUAUCCAAUAGAGGUGCGUCUUAAACUUUUGGGCACUACGGAACCACGCACUGCUGAAAUUGCGGUUACUGAUUUGGGUUUACCCAUCAGUCCACAAGAGUUUCUGGAAAAAUUCCAAAAGUUAUGCCGCACGCUAUUAGCCAAUUGUCCAUUAAAGCCAGGAGCUGAGCGACUUUUACGUCAUUUACACACACACAACAUACCAUUCUGUUUGGCCACCAGCUCAGGCGAGGAAAUGGUUGAAAUUAAAAUCACCAAUCAUCGGGAACUUUUUAAACUAUUCCAUCAUCGUGUUUGCGGUUCUACCGAUCCUGAAGUGAAGCAGGGCAAACCAGCUCCAGAUAUUUUCCUUAUCGCAGCCUCACGUUUCCCCGACAAACCAGAUCCAUCCAAAUGUUUGGUUUUCGAAGACGCACCGAAUGGUGUUAAAGCUGGCCAUAGUGCUGGUAUGCAAGUGGUGAUGGUACCCGACGAACGUGUGCCAUUGGAAAUGUCAGCAUUGGCUACCCAACGAUUGAGAUCAUUGGAGGAAUUUCAACCGGAAUUGUAUGGUUUACCACCAUUUAAAAACUAGAUGUACACUGGUGUAUCUUGAACGUGUGUUGCAAUUAGUAUGUGCUUUAUUUGACUUAAUUUUUAUCAACAUUCAAAUGUACCUCUUUUAGAGAAAUUACAAAAUAAAAUGUAAAUGCAAGCUAAGCUUACCUUAAUUUAGGUUUGAAAAACCUAAACCACUACUACCAUAUAAUAUAUUAAAUAAAUGUUAAUUUUUGAAAAGCA